AUAUGCUUUUAACAGCAAAAGGGCCCUUGUUUGGAAAAACGUGUGAUUCUGUGUCGUUGACAAGGUUCGACGGUAUUUGUCAUAUUGACGAGCCUUCUUGGAGCGUUGAUUUUUGGUGGAGUUGUCCAAGUGUUCCAUCUGCAAAAAGAUCACUGUAACUAACUCGCACUCGUCGUCGUCGUCGUCGUCGUCGGCCGGUCGUCGUCGCCGUUCGAGUACCGCGGUAGCAAGUCGUUUGCAAGCAAGCGAAACCCGAUAGCAAUCUACCCAAUUCCGUUAAACAAAACUGUUGGCCCAAAAAAUUUCGUAAAUUUCGAUUUCAAAAGGGCUGCAAUAUCGGACCGACCAAACUCAUCGGGGCUCCGAACGGACGUUUAUCUUUUUCAUCCCCAAGUGUUUUUGCAUAUAAAACCAUUGCAGCAUCUUGUUUGGAUUCCGCUUCUUUUUCUACAAACAUCUCAUAUAUAGGAAUAACAAUCAUGGUCUUUGGCUGGCUUUAUGGCAAAACGUUUUCUACGGACGAUAUUCCAAACCUCGAUGGUAAGGUCGCCAUCAUUACAGGAGGAACAGCUGGGCUGGGUAUGGCUUCUGCCAUCGCUAUGGCUCAAAAGGGCGCACAUGUCAUCAUCACCGCUCGAUCAGAGAGCAGAGGCAAAGAAGCGGUUCAAAAGAUUAUCGAGGCUUCCAACAGCUCCAAGGUGGAAUUUGGUGUGAUGGACAAUGGGGAUCUCCAGUCUGUCCGAGCAUUUGCGGAAUGGUACAAGCAAAAAUCCCUUCCUAUCCACAUUCUCCUCCUCAACGCUGGAAUCGCUUAUACGCCCUACAACUCUAUAAGCGGAAUCGAAGGCCAAUUUUACAUCAACCAUCUGUCACACUUCUACCUUACUGAACUCCUCCUCCCAAUCGUUAAAACGUCUGGACCCGCCCGCGUUGUCACCAUUUCAUCCCGCGGGAUUGACCUAGUAUGGUCAAAACCGGAUUGGGAACAGGAUAUCCAUGUAUCAAAAGAAAAAUAUGACAAUGUCCGAGCGUAUGGGCUCUCCAAGCUUGCGAAUCUCCUCUUUGUCAAGGAAUUGACCAAAAGGCUCGGUCCCGACUCGCAAAUCUAUGCCAACAGUUGCCACCCCGGCGUCAUUGCCACGAACAUUACCAACCGAAGCUGGUACGCCGGAGGCUACACUGAGAAAGUCAUUCAAUUUGGACUAGGAACUGUGAUGGGGAAUACAGCGGACAAAGGGGCGUUGACGCAGUUAUAUUUGGCGACAAGCGAGGAGGUGGAGACCCAAAACAUUCGGGGCAAAUACUUUUGGCCGACUGCAAAGGAGAAACCAAUGACGGGCUACACGGCCGAUGAGAAACUCCAAACAGACCUAUGGGAUAUUAGUGAGCGUCUAGUAAAAGAGCUGUUGGAAAAGAAAUGAGCCCAUCAUGUACAUAAGCAAAAGUCAUGGCUAAUUCUGCCGUUAGUUACUUUUAAUACCAAUUUGUUAUAAAUAAACCACUGCCGUUCUCCUCUCUAGCG